AUGGCCUCGCUUCCAGCACACGUAAAAUUGCCCAGCUGCCUUGGAGAGGCCUUUGAGGAGGAGAAGGCUCGGAAGGCGGCUGCUCUGGACAGGGCCCGAAGGGCCGCAGCCGAGAACGGCACUCCGGGCCACCGAGGAUCCGAUGCGUUCCAGGAGGCGCGCUCGCGCGAAGGGGGCAUGGACCGCGCCAAACAGGCUUUCGAGGAGGAGAAGGCACGCAAGGCGGCAGCUCUGGAGCGAGCCAGGAGGGCCUCCGCCGAGAGCCAGGGAGCCGUCCCGCAGGACACACGGUCACGAGGCGAGGCUGGGAUGGAUCGCGCCAAGCAGGCCUUCGAGCAGGAGAAGGCCAGGAAGGCUGCAGCACUCGAACGAGCCCGCGCACGAGCGCGCGCGGCCGGCCAGGGAGAUCCCUCGGAAGGCCUUGGGCUUGGUCCCAAUGCUGGCCUGGGCAAGGGCCGUGGCCGGGGCCUGGGUGGGGGCUUCGGAAGCUGGCAGCUUGGGCGCGGUGGCCUUGGAGCUCGUGGCCUCAGCGGCGGCGGCCGCGGCGGCUUUGGCCGGGGAAUGUUCGGAGGCUGGGCCGGAGGCGCCCAAGCGCUGUCUCCAGGCGUCCUUGUUCGCCUGUACGGACUCAAGGCAAAGCCUGAGCUGAACGGCAUGAUCGGCAACUGCAUCUCCUUCGACAAGAGCAAGGGGAGAUGGCAGGUUCGCCUGGAGGAUAGACCUGGUGCAGACAUGCUUUUCAAGGAGGACAACUUGCAGCCCGUCAGUGUGGACGAGUACGAGGCGGCCCAGGCAGCUGCCGAGGGCAUGGACUCGCGAUUGGCUGACAAGCUCCGGUGUCCCGCAGAGCAUGGAAUGGUGGUCGAAGUGGCAGCCGAAGUUUACGAGUGCGAUGUGUGUGAGGCAGAUAUCGAAGUCAGCACAAAGCUUAUGUAUUGCGAUCGAUGUGACUACGCCAUUUGCGAGGUCUGUGCCGUAGAUAUGCUUCGAAGAGAAGCGCUUAAAUCUUGA